GCGUCCGGCUCUUCCUGCCGCGCUCGGCCCUCCCCAUCCGGCGACACUUGCGCGGGGCCAUGGCGACGGCGGCGUGGGGACGGUGCUUGUCUCGGGCGUGGCUCUGCAGGCGCGCCGGGCAGGGCGGCGGCCGGCACUACCGCGUCGCGCUGUGCGCGGAGUUGAAGCAGCCUCUGGCCGUGGAGGAGGUGACCCCCCGCCCUCUCCGGCCCCACGAGGUCAGAGUUGAUGUCCAUUUCUGUGGAGUUAACUUUGCUGAUAUUUUGGUCUGUCGUGGUCAGUAUCAGGAAAGGCCCCAACUUCCCAUCAUACCCGGAAUGGAGUUUUCUGGGACAGUAUUGGAGACAGGCACAGAUGUCAGCUCGGUGAAAGAGGGAGAUCGAGUUCUUGGCCUGAGUAACUUAAAUGGAAUGGCUGAAGAGUGCAUCACUGACCACAAGACACUGUGGCAGGUUCCAGAAAGGGUCUCGCUCCGAGAAGCUGCUGCCCUGCCCAUAUCUUACGGUACUGCCGCAUUGGCCCUGGAGCACCGGGCCCGUACCCAGCCUGGAGAAACUGUUUUAGUGACAGCGGCAGCUGGAGCCACAGGCCUUGCCGUGAUAGAUGUGGCAACAAACGUUCUUCAGGCCAAGGUAAUAGCUGCAGCUGGAAGUGAUGAGAAGUGCAAGCUGGCAGUGCAGAGGGGCGCCCAGUCCAGCGUGAACUACAGUCAGGGCAGCCUGAAGGAGGCAGUGGGGAAGCUGGUGGGCAGUGGCGGGGUGAAUGUGGUCAUUGAAACCGUGGGAGGAGAUAUCUUCCUGGAGGCUCUCCGCAGCCUGGCAUGGGAGGGCAGGAUUGUGGUGGUGGGUUUUGCUGGAGGAAACAUUGCUUCUCUGCCGACCAAUCUCCUGCUCCUGAAGAACAUCUCUGCCAUGGGGCUGUACUGGAGCCGAUACCGGGACCGGAACUUUCCGCUUUUCUCCAGAAGCCUGUCCUCCAUAAUUCAGUACUGCCAGGAAGGGCGCAUCCAGCCACACGUUGGAGCGGUGUUUAAGCUGGAGGAGGUAAAUGAUGCCUUCCUUCAUGUCACACAGCGUAAAUCCACAGGCAAGGUGCUUCUCUCCCUUAAAUAAAUUUUCGCUUCAGCAACACAGCCUAUCUAAAUCUAAACUUAUCAUCUUCCCAAAAACCUAAUUUCCCUUCUGUGUUUUUAAAGGUGUUACCACCUUUCUUAAUAACCCAGUUUCAGAAUCUUUUAGAGUCACCUUUUAUUCUAUUUGAAUCCCAGUCUCAGCACUUUGCAGGUGGUUACUUAAGGUCUCCAAACCUUCAUUUUCUCCCUAUAAAGUAGAUAUUACAGUCUCUACCUUGCAAGGUUGUGAUGAGCAAUACAUGCGGUGAUUGGGCAGAGCACCUGGUACGUGGUAGGUGAUUAGCACACGCUAGUUACUUUCACUUCUUUCUCUCCUCCUUUCCCAAUAAGUUCCUUGAGAGCAGGGACCAUGUCUGAUUCACCUUUGUACCAUACGCGUACCUAGCACAGUGAGUUACCCUUGAACUGAAUUGAAUUUGAAUGAUCUGAAAGUCUUCAAUUGUGGGAUUAAAAUAAGAAUGUUACCUUGGGAACAACCCAAAUAUUCAUCGACAGACUGAUGUGAUAUACAUACAAUGGAAUAUUAUUCAGCCUUAAAAAAGAAGGAAAUUCUCCCCGAGGUAUUUUGCAAGACUGAUGGCCCUUUCACUUUACUUCCUCACAGCCUCUGCCUCUCUCUUCUGCCAUUUCACUUUACUUUCUCACAGCCUCUCCCUCUCUGAUUCUAUAAAAAAAACUGGCAUCCAGACCCCAAGAAGAUAGUUUUUUGGAGACACUAGUCUGACAUCUUCUCAGUCUGCCGGCUUUCCGAAUAGAGUCGAAUUCCUUGCCUCAAAAAAAAAAAAAAAAAAGGACAUUCCGACACAUGUUGCAGCAUGGAUGAAACUUGAAGACAUUAUUCUAAGUGAAAUAAGCCAAUCACAAAGGACAAAUACUGUAUAAUUCCACUUGUGUGAAGUACCUGGAAAUGUCAAAUUCAUAAACAGAAAGUAGAAUUGUGGUUGCCAGGGCCUGGGAGAGGAGGAAAUGGGAGUUACUGCUAAAUGGGUCUAAAGUUUCAGUUUGGGAAGAGGGAAAAAUUUUGGAGAUGGAUGGUGGUAGUGGUUGUACAACAGUGUACAAUUAAUGCCACUGAACUGUACACUUAAAAAUGGCUAAAAUGGCAAAUUUCAUAUUAUGUAUAUUUUACCAAGAUAAAAAUAAAAAGAAAAGAAUAUAUUA